CCUUCUUCAUUUAAUCAUUUCUUCUUCAUACGUCCUUCCACGAACACACCUUUAGUAAAUAGUUUUUUAGAUCGCACAAUCGAAGAUGAGAGAAAUCGUAAGCAUUCAUAUUGGCCAAGCCGGAAUCCAAGUCGGGAAUUCCUGUUGGGAACUUUACUGCCUCGAACAUGGAAUUCAACCCGAUGGCUUCAUGUCUAGUGGUGAUUCACAAGGUUCGGGUGACGACUCAUUCAAUACGUUCUUUAGCGAUACGAGUUCUGGAAAGAAUGUGCCAAGGGCGGUUUUUGUUGAUCUCGAACCAACUGUCAUUGAUGAGGUUCGAACCGGUGCCUAUAGACAACUCUUCCACCCCGAACAACUCAUUUCCGGAAAGGAAGAUGCUGCCAAUAACUUUGCAAGAGGACAUUACACCGUGGGGAAAGAAAUUGUUGAUAUGUGUCUUGACCGAGUCCGAAAGUUAGCAGACAAUUGCACUGGUUUGCAAGGCUUUAUGGUCUUUAACGCGGUUGGUGGUGGCACUGGCUCAGGUUUAGGUUCUUUGAUACUAGAACGCCUUUCUGUAGAAUACGGAAAGAAACCAAAACUUGGGUUUUCUAUCUUUCCAUCUCCACAGAUUUCUACUGCAGUUGUGGAGCCUUAUAAUAGUGUUUUAUCAACUCACUCACUUCUUGAACACACGGAUGUGGUGGCGUUACUUGACAAUGAAGCAAUAUAUGAUAUAUGUAGGCGGGCAUUGGACAUAGAUAGGCCAACUUACACAAACUUGAACCGUUUGAUAUCUCAGAUAAUAUCAUCUUUGACGACUUCAUUGAGGUUUGAUGGAGCAAUCAAUGUUGAUAUUACUGAGUUCCAAACGAAUUUAGUUCCUUACCCUCGGAUUCAUUUCAUGCUUUCAUCGUAUGCACCUGUGAUAUCAUCGGUUAGAGCUCAUCAUGAGCAGAACUCGGUGUCUGAGAUCACGACUGCUGUGUUUGAGCCAUCAAACAUGAUGGCUAAAUGUGACCCGAGACAUGGAAAGUAUAUGGCUUGUUGUUUGAUGUAUCGUGGUGAUGUUGUUCCAAAGGAUGUUAACACUGCUGUUGGUUCUAUCAAGACUAAACGAACAGUUCAGUUUGUUGACUGGUGUCCUACGGGUUUCAAGUGUGGAAUUAACUACCAGCCUCCAACGGUGGUCCCUGGCGGUGAUCUAGCAAAAACAAGGCGUGCAGUAUGCAUGAUAAGCAACAACACAGCAGUGUCCGAGGUUUUCAACAGGAUUGACCAUAAGUUUGAUCUGAUGUAUGCAAAACGAGCAUUUGUACAUUGGUAUGUUGGUGAGGGAAUGGAAGAAGGGGAGUUCUCAGAAGCCAGGGAGGAUCUUGCUGCACUCGAGAAAGACUAUGAGGAGGUUGGGCAAGAUGCUGAGGAGGAAGAGGAGCAAGAAGAGGAGUAGAGUAUCAGGUCUCUCUCACUAUAGUCUCAGCAUUUAUGUUUAAAACUGCGAACCUUUAGUCUUUAGUCACUGUAUUUUUGUAGUAAUACAUCCUCUUUAAGAAAGCUAUUUGCUAACUAUUUGUUUAUCUGAUCAAACUCAUAUGGAGGAUGAAGAACUUUGAAAUGUUUAAUCGUUUUGAGGUACAAUUUAUAUUAAUAUAAUCCUAUUGUUUCAAAUUGUCGUUGCCAAA